UUGUCUUUCUUGUUAACUUAAAACUGCCCACGUGUUUUUAAAAUUUUGCAUUUACCAUUUUUUUUAGCUGUUUCAGUUAUAUUAUAUUUAUUAACUGAAUGAAUCUUUUCUAAGAAAUAACGUUUUCUAUUAUGCUUAAUAUAAAUUCAUUUCAUUGCGUUCGCCCUUUAUCAGGCAUGACCACGACCACAUAAUAAUGCUUGAUGCCUACAAAUUUGUCAGUAUCAACCGCAUAACGUGAACACCACUGCACUGAUUAGUUCCGCUUCAGACAGUACCAUCGUAGAUGGAGGUGAACGAAUCGGUUGAGGUUCCCGCUCCAACGGUAUUUGUUCAUCGGGUCGACACCUUUCUUGGAAAAGUUUUGGCUCAACAUCUUGGACAGAGCUUAUUUCCUGAUUCUGGUGGAACUAAAGCUCCAAGCAGACGCUUUGAUACAGCAUUUCUUCAGGCUGUAAAAUCGAAAGAUUUUUACCGGAUCAUCGGCACAUACUGGCCGCGACCAGCACUAGCAGAGAAGUAUGACUAUCCCGCAAUCUUGCCUAAAGUUCCUGUGGUGGAUAAUUUGUAUCCAUCGGAUAACCCAGAUGACGUAAAUAAUGCCUUAGAUGCUGCCGACAUUUAUGUGCUGCAUUUGGUGGACGACGAUGGCACCAACCAAUUAUUUAGUCAAACCGAACAACUUAUAGGUCUGAUUCAAUCCAGAUCAAAGGUUAGCAAGCAGAAAAAGACGGUUGUACUGGUCUCAAGCUUAAUGACGUGGGCAGCAACCAAGACUAGGCAGGCCAAAAAGCCCAAAGAUGCGGAAGAGGAUGAAGAGGAAGAAAAGAAAAUCUUCACAGAAGAUACGUUUCGAAGACGCAAACCCCACCCAGAUUUCAAAAAGCAUUACGAUCUUGAAAAGCUGUUGAUCCAGGCGGCAAAAGAAUCGAAGCGGCGCAUCACUGCAACUGUAAUCGGGGCAGGCUUGAUUUAUGGCUGUGGUGAAAGCAGUUUGCACUGGAUGUUCAAAGAGGCUUGGCAUAAUUCAUCAGCGCUGCAAAUACCAAGUGAUGGAAAGAACGUUAUCCCCAUGAUUCAUGCUAAAGAUCUUUGUCAAGUUGUACAAAACGUGUUUGAAAAUAAACCGACAUCGCGAUACAUUGUAGCCGUGGAUGAUGGAAACAUGACGCUUCAGCAGAUCGCAUCGGAAAUCAGUAAAGUACUAAGCGGCGGUGGAGUUACGAAAUCCCCUGUGGAUGAUGUUGUGCGUUCGUAUUCUCUUGAUCAAUUGGCGAUCGACGUCUUAGUCAGUGAUCUACGAUUUCAAGCCACCGUCAAAGAAGGCAUGAAAAUUGAGUGGACAGCUGAAGAAGGCUUUAAAAGCGCAAUAACAGGCGUAAUUAAAGAAUAUCGGGUUUUGAGGAAUCUGUUUCCUAUAAAGGUCAUCAUCACUGGUCCGUCGUUCUCGGGCAAAACCACUCUAGCAAAACGUAUAGCUGCAUUCUACAAACUGCAUUACGUGGAAGCAUCACAAACUGUCUUGGAGAAAGAACAAGAACUUUCGGAUAGAAUUACGCGCACCACACCAAAAGAAGAUAAACCGGCAACGGAAAAUGGUGAGGACGAAGGAAACGAGGGCGAGGCCGAGGAAAAGGCACGGAACAGUAUUGCAGAUGCUGAACAGUUACUUGCUGAUAUCAAUACCAGUAAAACCCAGAACGCUGGCCAGAUUUCUUCUGAACUUUUACUCCGUUUAAUGCGUGAAAAAUUAUUGAGUAAACCGUGUCAAAAUCAAGGAUAUGUAUUGGAUGGAUAUCCGACAGUCUACCAAGAAGCAAAACAGUUGUUCGCACAAGCGGAGGAUGGCCAUGAGCAAGAUGACGAGGAGGGUGAAAAUAACGAGACCGAGCCAGUGGAGAAGGAUGAGGACGACGCCGAAAAAGUACUAACCAAUAAAAACAUUGCUCCAGAUUAUGUUUUUUAUUUGGAUAUUUCGGUGGAUAUGGCAAAAAGACAUAAAAUGGCCGAAACCGAAAUUGCCGGCAGCCGUGACUCACUGGAAGAUAUUUUUAUGCAGCGAUAUGUGGACUACAAUCGUCAGACCAGCGAAGAAGAAAAUGUUCUCAAUUUUUUCGAUGAUAUUGGCAAUCAUGCGCAGUGGCUAAAAAUUACCGCUGAUGAAGUGCCACAGCUGGACAGUGCGUUUUCUGCAACUUUGAGAAAAGUCGGGAAGCCCCACAACUACGGACUUUCUGACGUUGAGAAGCAGCUCGAAGCCGAGAAGAAAGCGGUCGAACAAAGUCGGAAGGAUGCAGAUGAACGGAAACGGAAAUUACUGGUGGACGAAGAAACCAAACCACAAAGGCAGCAAGAAGAAAAGAAGUGGGCAGAAUUGCUGGAGGUACUACAACUAGAAGAUUACGGCCGACGGGAACUACUUGCCAUGCCGGCUCAUACGUAUUUACUCAAGUAUGUCCUGCCGACGGUUCAUGUCGGAUUGCUCAAGUGCGCCAGAAUCGUACCGGCCGACCCUGUUGAUUUCCUUGCUGAAUAUCUUUUGCAACAAAGCAAACAGACCAAAGUUAUCGAACCAAAAUCACUAGAGAAAGAUGAUAAUGGUAAUGUGGGUUUAACCGCUCAACAGAGUAACCUACCAGAGACGACGGCCAACGAGAUUCUUGAAAACGAAAAUGUCCAAGGAAACAUCCCGCAAACACCCGAAGGAGGUGAACUAGCGACCCCGGAAGUCCGCAACCAGUAUUCAGAAAACGCUUUUCAGUUUCCUUCUACCAUUUCAUAUCGGUACUCGGACUAUCAAGACGAAGCUUAUCAUUUUAUCACAACUAGUUUUAUUUCUGAUGUCGAAACUGGUGCUGAUGUUUAGCCCAGUGAAUCAGCUGUUGUUGCGCUUUGACGGAUUUCUGUUCUCAUGGCCAAAAUAUGUCUUUGAACGUUAUCUGCGUGGAGUACGCAGAGGGCAGUCAGAUUACCCUCUGGAGCAACCUAGCUAAACUGAUAGAAUAAGCAGCUUUAAUCUCGUUCCUUCUCUCACAGUUACUUCGCGGUGGGAUCUUUCCCAGAUUUAUUUGUAAAAAGGGAUGCCAAUCCCCCACCACCCUUUUCUGUUUUCUGUUCUGGCUUAGAGGUCGAAGCAGGGGCUGCCUGUGAUGCCGUGGGGUUUGAAUUCCAGUUCCACACGAUA